CCGUAAGCAUUUGCAACUUGGUCAUCUGUCUACUUUUCUAACCUUUACCUUCUUCCUUUUCCCUCUCCCCUCCUUUCCCUUUUUUUUCUCUCUCUUUCACUUUGCAUGUUUCGCCCUUAAACCCUUUCCUUUUACACCAUUUCCCCUGUCUGGUUUCGUGUUUUUAAAAGCAAUGCCUAAAUUAAACCGAUCCCAUUAAGAAUCCAGUUGGGUCUCUUCAUUUGUCCCCAGAAGAGAACUAUAACCUCUCACCAUUAAAAUGGCCCAAACAGCUUCCAAAUGCUUCUUUUUUUCCAUUAUGUCUCUCCUUGCCAUCUGCUCGUCUGGUAGAUUUGGUGGGUCGCAUUUGGGAGUGGAAGAAAAUGCUUCCUCGGAGUUGAAGUGGAAGUUCCCUGAAUUUGGUCGGACUACAAUGCACGACGCCACAACAAAUUUUCCUACAACCCCGGACACCUCCACACCGACAAUCAUCACCGUUCCCUCGACCAACCCUGUCACUAUCACUCCGUCGAGCCCUGCUGCCACGCCGGUGUCCAUUCCUUUAACGACACCAUUCACAGUUCCGGCUAACUCUCCGGUGCCGCUCACGAAUCCGGUUGCGCCGCCGGUUACAGUUCCCGGAGCACAGCCCAUAACGAACCCUGUCACGACGUAUCCAGCUCCGUCAGGUGGCGCUCCAGUGUUGACACCCCCCACAAACCCAGUUCCGGUAUCCCCUCCGGCGACAACAAACGCACCGGUAAUUCCAGGACAAAGCUGGUGUGUAGCCAGGUCCGGCGCUUCGGAGAUGGCUCUCCAGUCGGCGUUGGAUUACGCUUGUGGCACUGGAGGGGCUGACUGUUCUCAAAUCCAGCAAAGUGGAAGCUGUUACAACCCAAAUACACUUGAAAACCACGCAUCUUUUGCAUUCAAUAGCUAUUUUCAGAAGAAUCCUUCUUCUACAAGCUGUGACUUUGGAGGAUCUGCAAUGGUUACCAACUCCAAUCCAAGCACUGGCUCUUGUAUUUACCCAUCAUCAUCUUCCUCUGCAACGCCGGCAUCCAUGACGCCGUCGGUUCCAACGCAGACACCGACAACAACAGCGCCGAUCACAGUCUCACCAACUACAGUUACAAAUCCAACAACUUCUUCACCAGUGGGGACCGGCAUGCCAGAAAAUGGAAGUCCUCCUGGUGUAUUUAACACAGACAAUCCAGCUUCGAGCAUAGGCAGCACAACGGGGUUUGGAACUGAGAUUCCUCCAAGCUCAAGCACCUCAAUAUCCGUAGCGGCUGGAUUGAGACCCUUUACUUGCUUCAUCAUUCUCACCAUGUCCUUCAUCACUCAUAGAAUAAUCACUCUGGACUGGUGAUGAAAUGAAAUCACUAACUUCUUCUCCUUCUACUGUACAUGAAAAGGCCCUCGUUAUUCAUAGCUUCAGAAUCGUCGCCCAGUUCCACCAUUAGUGCAAUUUUUGGAGGAGAAAAAGGAACCAGAGGUGAGUUUGAGUUUGGAAGGAUAAACCACUGCCACUGCCCUGCUUGAGCUUUUGUUUGUGUAAAGAUCAAAGAUAGGGAUGUAUUAGUAUUAGCUACUUCCAAUUUGAGACUCUGUAAUAUAAUAUAAUGUUUGUUAGAUUUUGGGAUUUGUAUUGCUGUUGAUCACAGUUUAUUAAGAUUAAAAUUUUAGUUAGAAGAAACAGAGACACAUAGCUGGACUUGGAAGUACUUCUGUUCCUAUGUUUAAGUCUUGAAUGUUUUGUAUGGUUUAAUGAUUAAUUUAUUGUUUAUUUACGUA